UUAAGACACACUUCACUCACCUUCUUCAUACAAACCUUUCAAGCUCUUAAACAAUGGCGUCCAUGGCUACCACCUUUGCCUCGUCUCUCUCCACCAAGACCAGGACCUCUUUCCUGGACCAAUCAUCGUUCCAUGGCGUUCCGGUGGCUUCUCCGACGCGGAUCCAACCAAUCAAAUCGAACCAAAGCAAGAACACACCGAUCACCAUGUCUGCUACCCCGUAUGAUCUCGGAUCGUUCACCUUUAGUCCGAUCAAGGAAGCGAUCGUGUCUCGUGAAAUGACGAGAAGGUACAUGACUGAUAUGAUUACCUACGCCGAUACCGAUGUCGUUGUAGUCGGCGCUGGCUCCGCUGGUCUCUCCUGUGCUUAUGAGCUUAGCAAAAACCCUGACGUUCAGGUCGCCAUCAUCGAGCAAUCUGUGAGCCCAGGAGGUGGAGCAUGGCUCGGAGGUCAACUCUUCUCCGCCAUGGUCGUCCGCAAGCCCGCACACCUCUUCCUCGACGAGCUUGAAAUCGAGUACGACGAGCAAGAAGACUACGUAGUCAUCAAACACGCGGCUCUCUUCACCUCCACCAUCAUGAGCAAGCUCUUAGCCAGGCCAAACGUGAAGCUCUUCAACGCAGUAGCAGCCGAGGACUUAAUCAUCAAGGGAGGUAGAGUCAGUGGCGUUGUAACUAACUGGGCUUUAGUCGCAAUGAACCACGACACACAAUCCUGCAUGGACCCGAAUGUAAUGGAGGCUAAAGUGGUUGUGAGUUCAUGUGGACACGAUGGACCCAUGGGUGCUACAGGAGUGAAAAGGCUCAGAAGCGUUGGAUUGAUUGAGAGUGUUCCUGGGAUGAAGGCUCUUGACAUGAACGCUGCUGAAGAUGCGAUUGUGAAGUUGACUAGAGAGAUUGUUCCUGGUAUGAUUGUUACAGGAAUGGAAGUUGCAGAGAUCGAUGGAUCUCCAAGAAUGGGGCCGACGUUUGGGGCUAUGAUGAUAUCUGGACAGAAGGCUGCUCAUCUGGCUUUGAGGGCUUUAGGGCUUCCGAAUGCUUUGGAUGGGACAAGUGUGGGAAGUGUUCAUCCAGAGAUGAUUCUUGCUGCUGUUGAUUCUGGUGAGACUGUGGAUGCCUAAGUCAUGAGGUAUAUAAUUUAGGGAGAAGUUUAAUUAGGGUUUGAAUAAAUAAGGAGAGAGGUUUGUGAAUGGUACUGGGAUGUGGUGGUUUGGUUGUUGGUAUGUUGUCAGAGGGACUUUGGAGUUUGGAGUUUUUUAUGUGAUUGUGAAUGAAUGGAAGUUUCUAUUUUUCUUUUGA